AUGACCAUAAUGAACACCACCGCCAACGCUCACGAAGCAGCACUCCGCAAACGCAUCCAAGACCUCCUAUGUGACUACUCCCGGACGCACUACACGACGGAUUAUGUAGAGUUUACGACUGAAGUUGUAGCUGAUUUCCUCGACACGCUGCACGAAAUCCCAACUACCGAUCCCUAUGCUUUGGUCUUACCACCAGAACCGAUGGCCGUCCUUCUGCAAUUGUACAGAAUCGUCUCGCAUUCAACGGCUGAAGAUGCGCUCAGCAAGACUGUUCCAGAAGAGGAGUGGAUCGUGUACCCCGAGUCUGUGGCGUUGGUCAAAUCGGUGCUAGGAAUGCAGAAGGGAGGUGGAGGAGGGAGUAGGUCUGAGCGGGCUGUUUGGGAAAGCGGGCCAGAUCUACAACUCCUCGAGCUGCCUUGUAUCACGGCUCUAACAGCCCACUCGAGACGCGCAACGCCUAAACUGGGGAAAGGGAAGUACCUACGACAGAUCCCCAAAAUGCUAGGGAAUGUAUCGAGGAAGUGCAAGUUUUUGGCUUGUAAAGUUGAGGAAGUGCCCAGUGCCAAGGUUAUGAUUGAGGAUGUUUUGCGCACAGAAGUAACGAUCAACCCGGACGAAAUGAAUCAAGUGAAAGCGACAAUGCAAGCUACACUCGCUAUGCUCAAGCCACGCCCCGUAUCCUCCUCAAACUCGAACAACCCAGUCCUUGAACGCCUCCUCGCCCGCCCAAUCUCCCCUCCCCCAUCCGACCCCCUGCCCGAAAUCGCCGCGCCUAUAUUUCCGAUGCGUCGAAGACCUGGCUGUGGGAGGCGUGAAGGGGGAGGUCGUGUACCGCUGCCACCCCUUCCCAAUGUCCCGGGAGAUACGAAGGAGAUGAUCGAGAUGGUGGAUUCGAUGGGGGCGUUGGCGCCGGUUGUGGUAGAUUCGGACGAUGACAUUCCGAAGCAGAAUAUGCGUGUUGUUGAUGCAACGCUCCAUUCCUCUCCGAGCGUCCACUCCGACUCAGCGGCAAGCCAGGAGGAGGACGAGUUGGUCGACCAGCUGGAGAUGCCGCCUACACCUGAUACCUCCUCCGACCCCGCGCUCCAGCUUUACGAAUGUUUAGAGAAACCCGUGACGGAGGUUAUAUUCCCCAGGGCGCGGAGGAUUGGAGGCCUGGAGGGUGUUAAGGAGCAUAUUCUUCAUGGGAAGACGUACCAAUCAUUCAUGAACGAAGUCCUCCCUAAGCCAGAGCCCAAGUCCAAAUCCGACGAGUCCUCCAACCCACCUAGUAUCGCCCCCGGAACCGAAAAUCUGAGCAAGACGCGGUCAUCGUCUCCACCUGCAACCUCCAUGCUAGGCCUCGCUUCAACCACACUCGAACCCUCUGAAGGUGAAGGUGAAACUGGCGCCCAAGCAAGCAGCGACGGAAUCGAAGCGCUGUAUGGAUCGACCUUGGGUUUGGACGUCAACGUCUACACUCCCAUACUGGAUGAGAAGAUUGAAGAUCGGUCUAGUUUCGUUUUGGAAGUUCCUGCCCUACCUGAACCUACACAUUACCGAACCUCGCAUUUCAUCCCGACGUCGUUUAGAGAUUGGACACAGAGUCCUGUGGCGAAUGACACCAGGGACGUUUCGGGCACUACGACCGCUCCCGCCGCUUGUCACAGUCAACUCCGCGCUCUGUUUAAGAAAGCUCGGAUUUCUCAGUCGCUGCUGUUGUCGUUGUCGUGGGUCGCCUUCACAAGCACCGAACAAAUUCCUACUAUCGCCGAGGUCGUGCAAGUGGAUAACGUCUUUUCGUCUAGGAGAGGCGAACCGGUGGACCUGGGGUUGGUGAAAGCCGUUGAUCGUCUCCUUGAACCCUUGAAUGUUUCGUCUUCUUUGGGCAACGACGGCGCUUCGUCUGCUACGAAUAAGGAUGACUCUCAGCAAUACGGAGACACUGUCUCAAGUAGGAUCCUCGCACACUGGGGCGCCAUGGACGACUCGAAGCACCCCUACUACUCGGUGUACGACCUCGAUCUUGAACUCGAUACACCGCUUGUUCUGAGCCGGUUGGAUCGGCUACGCCUCGCUCGGAAACGCAAGACCCAUGCCCGUAUCGAUUCUGUGGAAGAUGAAUAUUGUCGGCCUGAACAUCAGGAUGGCAGCAGCGACCUUGAAGUUGGACCAGAUUCUGAACAGGGGGAGGUUGCAGAUGGAGGAGAGGCUGAUGGCGUGAACGCCCGACUAUUGACUCGGAGCACAUUGACUACUCGGCCUUUGGCUGGUGCUUUGUCGGAGGAGUUUGAAGAUGUCGGAGGGUCUACGAGUCGGACGCGCGCGAAGCGGAUGAAGAUGGGGAUGUCUCCUGGGUUUGGCGAUGAUCUUGGUACGACUGCUCAGGAUGCUCUUUUGGAUCCUCGACGACAUCCUCAUCAGCAACCGCGCACUCGAUAUCCAUCGGUAAACGCCUUCGCUGAUUUUGACCUGCCGCCCGCACUCUCUUUCCAAGAGGAAAAGGAGAACUGGAAUCCCUCCGCUUCGUUGCUUGGUGAUGGUGACCACGACUACCUUGCGGUCGACGCACAACUGGCCCUGAACCCGGACGAUGUCUUCGAUGAUAUCUUGAUGUCCCCUGGUCUGGAGUAUGUCGACGACGAUCCGCAUUUCGCGGUGAAGGAUGAUGGCUCUGCUAUGCCUUUGGAGUACGGUGAUGGCUUGGACAUGCCGAUUGCUCUCGACGUCGACGACUUGGACACGCCAAUUGCUAUGGACGUCGGCGAUAGCUUUGAUACGAUUGGGAUGCAGCAACAGUCGCUCGAAUUUGAUGCUUUACCUAUCGAGACACAGUCUAAUGGACCUACUCAGGCUAACCGAUCGCAAUCGUCCGUGGCUAAGCACACAACUAAGGCUCCUGAACCUCCUGAUGCUCCGCCUCUUGGAGAACAUAACCCUACGCCUCAGCCUCGCAAGGCCAAGGAUCCGACUUCCCUGUUCAACUGUUCUCUAGGCGUCCUUGGCUUCGCUACUCUCCGCUCUGCCAGACUCAAAGAUGCACCUACUCCUGUCCCUGAGCCCAUCGCCGACACUGGUCCUUCCCUCGAACCCGAAGAUGAACCAACCAACCACUCUCCCCCAGACGAGAUCUUCGACCGCAACACCAUUCGCCUAGACCCCAACGCUCCACCUCCAACAAGCACCCACCGCUACCUCGCCUCCCUCGAGCUCCUCCAACGUCGCGCCCUCGUCAACGCUCUCCAAUCCCCCCAAUGCCGCAUCGACCUGAUCGAACGUCCGUCUCUCGGCGGCGGUGGGCCCCACCUCAUCCUCGACGCCUUCACCGCAGUCCUCCUCGUCCCGCUCCUCACGCUCCCCGCACAAUCGCAAUCCGCUGCGUUGAUAGAAAGGCUGACGGAGCUGGCGCGGAGGUUUGGCUAUGUUGAUGUUGUGUUUGAGGCGUUUCCCGAGUCGUGUGCGAUGCGGUCGAGAGAGGGGAGGUCGGAUGUGUGUGCGUGGACGCCGCCUGUUCUUAAGGCUAUCAAGAAGGUUAGGAGGGAUUGGGGGAUUGCGGUGGUUUGUGAUGAGAGUCGCAGGGGUGGUGGGGCGUUGGGGAGGUGUCGAGUUAGGUGGGGGUUUGCGGGGUCUGUUGCGGAGGUUGCCCAGAUCGUUAGGCUUUGUGGGGAGGAGGCGGAGCGGAGGGAUGGGACGGGUGGUGUGCUCUGGGACGGGAGGGAGUGGUUGGAGGAUGAACAUGAGAUUACGCUGGACGAUUUUAUUAAUCUUGAACCGGAGGAGAGGGUGAGGAUGUUUGGCCCGUAUGUUGGAGAGGAUGCCAUGAUUGCUUUCAAUGAGGAGAUACAGAGGCGAUAUGAAGCUAUGGCUUCGUCGUCGAGUUUGAUCGAGGGUUCUUGUGCAUAG